AUGUCAGCACUGGACGAGCGCUCAGUUGUCGGUCCAAUGUUAAUUUGGCUGGAUGCUUUGGAAAAAGAUUUCGACAAAGCUUUUGUUGACUUGGAUUUGUUGCUGGGCGAAAUUGAUUCCGAUCAGGCAGAUAUAAUGUUUGAGAGCCGUCAAAAGAUGACUGCACUCAGUGGUGCAUUUGCUCAGCUCGUGCAUAAAGCGCAAACGAUUUUCCAGUGCAAUUUACGCCAGGAGGCAGAACUGGUACAACUUAGGAAUGAUUUAUGCUUGUCGCGAUCCGCUCAUUACGAACUUGAACGUGAAUCUCAGCAACUCAUGCUUCAGGUGCACAGUUUGCACUGUCAAGUACAUUUCAAAACCGCUCCACAUGAAUCAGACAUGAUCAAGAAAAAACUGGAGCAAGAGAUACUAACCUUUCGAUCUGAAAUUCGGCCUCCUGCAAAACUUCGUUCGGAAGUGGAGCUUCUUCGUAAUGAAAAUAAAAAAUAUCGUCAAAUGAUUCUGGCUAUGCAAAAUGAAGUUUACGGUGCUAGACUUGCUGCCAAAUACUUGGACAAGGAACUUGCUGGAAGGAUUCAACAAAUUCAAUUGCUUGGCAGAGAUAUGCGUGGUGCUGAACACGAUCGGUUAUGGAACCAACUGGAAGCCGAAAUUCAUCUUCAUCGCCAUAAAACUGUGAUUCGAGCAUGCAGAGGAAGAAGGGGUAGUCGAAAGUAUUUGCCAUCACCACCUCAUCAUGAUUGCCAAAGCCUACGGAAACAAAAAGGUGUGGGACAAAUGCGCAGUGUUAAACUUGUCAAGGACUCACACGAAGGUCUCGGCAUAUCUAUUACGGGUGGAAAAGAACACGGUGUACCAAUUCUAAUUUCGGAAAUUCAUCCUAAUCAACCAGCUGAACGAUGUGGCAAUUUAUUUGUUGGUGAUGCCAUAUUGUCCGUUAACGGCAUUGACUUACGUACUGCGAAGCACAAUGAAGCUGUGCGUAUACUUUCCGAACAGGAAGGCGAAUUAAAUUUAAAAGUGGUCUACGUGGCUCCGGAUCAGGAUAGUGAUGAUGAUGGUGACGUAAUGGUUGAAACACAAGGCGGCUUCUUAUUCAACGUAUAUGAACCAUUUACGGAUCGUGAGCAACAGAUGGCGAGUUCGAGCACGUUGGAACAAACGACAAGCAGUUGCUCAUCAUCUGUAUCCCAUCACAGUGAUAACAAUUUGGCUGCUGAAAGUGGUACCGUCUGA